AUCCUUGCAGGAGAGAAAUAAAGCACGGAUAUUGAUUAAUCGUCCGGUCACAAGUGCAUGCUAACAUUGUGACCAACGGGCUUACAGUUAUAAGGAAGCAGCAUGACAUGGCCACAUAUAAGGAUACUUAUCAUCCUUGCAGUUUGUUUACAAUACAUAAAGGGAGCGGACACCAACGGUGAGACCGAACAAACAAAUAGCGACUCUCCUGUUCCACCAGAACGAAGUCUUCCAGAACAGAAACCUUUGUUGUUAACGCCUCUAAUUAUGAAUUGCUCAUACGAUGAAGCGAGAGAAAAAAGCCAAGUGGAAUUAUUUAGAAAUAUGGGCAUCAAUGCGCAUUCUGGUUACAUCACUGUCAACGAGACAAUAAACCUCUUUUUCGUGUUGGUAGAGGGCGCAAAAAAUGAUUCUUCUGAGCCACUGCUGCUUUGGACUCAGGGAGGGCCUGGUUUGUCUGCACUGUUUGGUCUGUUUCUGGAAAAUGGUCCAGUGGCAAUCAAUGAAAGUGGAAACCUUUCACCAAGAAACAAUACCCUGCAAAAGAACAUGAGUGUCCUUUACGUUGACCUGCCCGUGGGGGCUGGAUUCAGUUUCACAACCCAUAAUGAUUCAUACGCCAAGUCUUUGAACGAUAUUGUAUUCUCUGUCAUGGAGUUUCUCAAGCAGUUCUUGCAGCUGUUUGGCUACUACAGAAACAGGCCCUUCUACCUUGGCGGAGAAUCCUACGGAGCUAGGUACUCCGUUGCUGUCGCAAACCGGAUGCUGUCCCACCCAGAAGAUGUGUCGCUAAGCCUGAAAGGUGUCAUAAGCGGCAGUGGAUUUCUUGGCCCAGUGUUGGAGAUCGCAGAAUCAAGCAGAUUCCUCUACGAAAUGUCUAUGGUCGACGAAACAGGACGCGGACGCUUCAAACAGGAAUUCGAAACGAUGAAACUACUUGCAGCAAAUCAAUCUACAGCUCUCGGAGCAGUACUAAUGCUGGGUGCUACAAUAUUCACCAGCUCUGAAUCACCAACUCUAUUUCAAGAGCUUACAUUAUUCAAUGAUCACGCGAGUCCUCUUUUUACAGAAAGGCCAGGUAUCAUGUAUGCAUGUGUUGUGGUUCUUAAUUCAACAUAUAUGAGACAAGCGCUCCAUGUUGGAGGUGUACCUUUUCAAUUUAACAACCCGCUCCUUCUGUCAAACCUUGCACCUGACUGGUUAGUAGAGAUCAAUGCCAUGGUAGAAAAAGUACUAAAUGAAUCAAGCCUGCUUUCUUACAUAGGCCAACUUGACACUCUUUUUCCCGCGGUGAAUCAGAAAGCGUACUUCGCCAAACUGAAUUGGACGCAUGCAGAUACGUAUCGUAACACCAGCCAUCAGCUCUGGAGGAAACCAGACAGGUAUUAUGGCCAUGAUGGUUAUAUAAAGAAAGUAGCGCAUUUAACAGAGGCUGUUCUUCUGGGAAUGAGUCACUACAGUUCUGCAGAAAAACCUGACGAAGUGUACUAUUUGAUAACAGAAUUUGCGGCUAAUUCAUCAAAUACUGCGAAAGUGGGAGUGAUGAUUGAGAAUGCUAGAGUACAAUAAACAUUGAAUUCUUAUGUGUA